CAUAUAUUCAUUGUAAAUCAUCGGGCUUAAAGCAAAAGAUAUCUAGGGAGCAUCAAAUCCUUAUAUCUACAAAUCAAAACAAUGCUAUUUUUACAUCUUCUUCUUUGUUGGAUGGUUAUAUCCAUGUCGACAUCAAAUUUACCUUUGGCGGUUCUGAAAUCCGAGGAGAAGCCAAUAACUGUUGUGUGUGCAAACGAAUCAGUACGGGAAGACAUACACCAUCUAAAGCAGCAACUGAGUCAGGAAACUUUAAUACGAUUGUCCCUCGUCCAUCAGAUGUCUGCGUUUGUCAAUGAAUUAUUAACAGUGAAAAAAGAGAUGGCCAGCGUUCUGGUAAAGAUGGAAGAAGUAGAAAAAGGUAAUGCUGAUAUUCAGCUUGAAAAACAAAGAAUGCGCAUGGAAUUGGACAGACAGAUAAAGAUUAACAACACUGACCGUGAAACAUUACAAGAAAACACACAGCAUCAUAAAGACCUCCAGUCAGCUGUAGAAGAAAUCUUUCGUAAUUAUACUGCUGAAUUCAGGACCGAGGAAAUUACCGAGGUGAAAAAUGAUAUGUCCGAGAUACUAGACAAAAUACAAGAACUGGAAAACAACGUCACUGAUCUUGAACUUGAAAAUCAACGAUUGCAGAGGAAAUUAGACGAAAACAUAAUAGAAAAGGAGAAGGAGGAUGACACAAAACUACAAAUGAUUAAGGAAUUACAGGAAGAUUUCAGGAAUGUGACAACAAAGAUAGAGAGAACACGACCUGAGAUGCUUCCUUCGUUUCACGCUCGACUUUCGCGCCCCGUAAGAAAGAUUGGCCUCUCCCAAACUGUUAUCUUUGACCUUGAAGUUGUGGACACAACUAAUUCCUACGAUCCACAAUCUGGAAUUUUCACUGCGCCAGUAACUGGAACAUAUGUCUUCUACUGGAAUAUAUUGUCUAAUGAAGCCUCAGGAAUGGACACGGCAUUGGAUUCCUCACAAGGAGCUUUAGGAUGUGGAUUCGUCAGUCAUGCUGUAAAUUAUGGAAAUGGGGGAAACUUGGUGUUAGCGAAUCUGACCUCUGGAACGCAUGUCUGGGUGAAGAAAGCUGACAAAUUUGGCAAUUACAUACAUGAGAGAUUUUCGACAUUUUCUGGUUAUCUUUUGCAGGCAUCAGGUUAAUGUGAACUUUGUUCUGGUCAAUAAAGUUGUAAUGGAAAAAUAAUACUAUGAAUUCAAUGAAAAAGUAAUGCAUCUCUAAGUUUUAUUGUCAGAUUUGUUCUGAAUGUAUAGUGCAUUGUGUUAUACUUUUAGUAUUUAAACGACCAACUUCGUUGUUUGUAUUGAAAGCAUUGCGAGCUCUCAAGGCAAUGCCUGGGCUAAAAGAAAUUUCAGAAUAUACAGAAAGAGAGAGAUUCUUUUAACGAAUGUAAAAUUCCAGGUUUUUCUUCUCAAUAGCACCUGACACCACCUCUGGUGUUUUAAAGAGGCCCGUGUCUGCUCUGCUCCAAAUUUGUAUUGUUUCAAUGUUGUUGUUUUUUUUAAUAUAUCUCCAUAUUUCAUUUUAAUGAUUGAUGGUCAGCACUUUCAGCUAAAUGUAAAUUUAAAAUUGUAGUAUGUAUUUAUUAGUAAAUCACCUCAUGAUAAUCAGUUACAUUUUGAAUCAAAAUAAAGUGUUUAGAAAUUGUAUUAUUUUACAAAAUUAUUUAACAUACAACAUCUCAUUUAUAUCUUGCCAAGCCACAAUUUACAUACAACCUCUUCAAUACAGUAUCAUUGUCGCACUAGUAUAUGCGAUAAGCAUCACAAGGUCGAAAGUAAUUUUGAUAAUCCCUACGAGACCCCUACAGAUAGAUUGAAGAUUAAACGUUCUUUUUUAAAACUGCAUUUUUCUGCUUCCCU